AAGGAGAGCAUUCCAAACGCGAAUUUGUGAAAUCGCGCAUUGCAAACCACGGAAGAAUUCUGAUGUUUAGGAUAUUAUUCAGCUGAUAUGUUUAACAGAUUAUCUGUUAUAGAAUAAACACUCUUCAUUGAUAACGAACGGUAUUUGUUCUGUACUAGUGGCUAAUAAGUUGCUUAGAAACAUGUGUAGAUGACGUCGAUAUUCGACUAACCAAUAUCAUAACUGUGUGCUAGGCCAGGCAAAUAUGGAGUACGCCUUUAAGAAAACUUCGAAUUAACAGGACGAUACCAAGAUGCCGAUUCCGUCGAGGCUCUUCGUUCCGCUCAUUUUGUUUCCUGUGAUAUGGAACCCAGAAUUUGUGGAAAUGAAAUCGGCCGACGAGAAAUCAGCCGGCGGCCUUGACUGUUUCGAAUGUUUCUCCUUCAACAACAGUGACCCUUCAUGUGGCGAUCCGUUCCACCCAGCCUAUGGCGUAUAUUCCAAGAACUGUCUUCAAGGAAAGAAAGGUCACGUGGGAGGCUUUCCUUCCAAAUAUUGCAUCAAACUAAUCGGGGAAACAUAUAAAGACAAUAUCGAGAUGGUGUACAGAGGUUGUUCCCUGGAUACUCUGAACAAUGUUUGCGGCGAUUUUCGAUUUGAAGAUGUAAAAUACCAUGGCUGCAUAACGUCAUGUUCUGAAAAUGGAUGUAACCAUGGAGUCGAGAGCAGAGGCGAUGCGCAUGCAUAUUUCUACGUUAACGUUAUGUUGUUUCUGAUAUAUAUUACGGAUACAAAACUGUACUAAAUGGAAUUAUGCAUAUUUGAAGCAACACGUUUCUGUCAGAGAUCAUAGUGGGCGUAAUAAUAUUAUAUACUAUUUUUGAUCAAUUUUGCAGGCAACUGAUGUUUGAAUUCAUGCUGCAUAUGUCCAUUGUACGGUUCUUGAAUAUAAAUGGGGUCAUCAUGAAAAGCAACCUCAGAUAUUUUUGUUGUAUUCGCAUGCAAUUAUUAUUUUAGUGCGCCUCUUUAUAUAUAAACAGGCAUAAUAAAAGCAAACAUCAUAUAUUUUAGUGUACAUAUUGUAUUUAUACAUGAUCUUGCGGUGUUGAAUGUUGUUUAUAAACACUUACUGUCGUUGUAAAGGAUUGAUGUGUGGGAUAAACACGUUUGCAUUACAAAUA